AUGGGCGCCGCCGCCGUGAUGGAGGUUGAGGAGCAGCAGCAGCGCGGCAGCAAGCCAAAGGUGGUGUUCGUGCUUGGCGCGACGGCGACGGGCAAGUCGAAGCUGGCCAUCGCCCUGGCGGCGCGGUUCGGCGGCGAGGUGAUCAACUCUGACAAGAUCCAGGUGUACGCGGGCCUGCCCGUGAUCACCAACAAGGUGACGGACGAGGAGUGCGCCGGCGUGCCGCACCACCUCCUCAGCUGCGUCACCUGCCCCGACGCCGACUUCACCGCCGAAGACUUCUGCCGUGAGGCGGGUGCCGCGAUCAAGCGCGUGCUCUCCCGCGGCGGCCUCCCCGUCGUGGCCGGCGGGUCCAACCGGUACAUCAAGGCCCUGGUGGACGGCAAUGGCGGCGCUUUCCGCUCUGAGCACGACUGCUUCUUCGUCUGGCUGGACGCCGCGCCGGAGGUCCUCCGCCGGUGCACCGCGGUGCGGGUGGACGACAUGGUGCGCCGCGGGCUGGUGGACGAGGCCCGCGCGGCGUUCGACCCGGACGCCGGAUACACGAGGGGACUUCGCCGUGCCAUCGGCCUGCCGGAGAUGGACGCGUACCUGCGGCGCUCGCAGCACGACGACGUUGAGGACGACGAGGGGCUGCUGGAGAGGGCGGUGGAGGAGAUCAAGGCCAACACGUUCGGUCUGGUGCAGGAGCAGGUGGAGAAGAUCCGGCAGCUGAGCAUGCUGGACGGGUGGGACGUCCGGCGGGUGGACUGCACGGAGGUGCUGGCGCGCAUGGCGGACGGCGAGAGCGUGGAGGAGCCAUGGGGGAAGGUGGUCUGGGAGCCCGUGCAGGGCAUGGUGACGAGCUUCCUCGUGAAGGAGGAGAGCGGGAUCAAGCUGGAGAACUAG